AUGGACGGCAACCCAUCACUGAUCGUGCCAUCGGGACACGGAGAGCGCAGCCUUCGAUCAGGCCACAUAAUAAACUUUGCUACAUUCACUGAGGCGCUCGAAAGCCUCUUCGAUCAGGCCAUUGCAUCACUGAACCGGCUAUCAAGCUGUAUCAAGGGUAACCGCAACCCUGAAGCCGCCACGACAGUCAGAGGUCUGCGAGAUCUUGUCAGAAUUGUUCAAGAUCGGCGAAUGGAGUUCAACAUACGGGACCAGUUCAGGCUAGUCUAUCCCUAUUCAACUUUCAUGAAACCACUGUCAUCGUCUUUCCUCUCCAUGGACGAGAGCGAGCCAUUUCUGAUUGCUACCCUUGCACACUUGUUUGCGGUAAACAUCCUGUUGGUUUUCCCGGCCAUCAAUGUUGCCGCGUUCAUACCCACCCAGCUGAGAUCCCUGUCAGCCAUCGGAGCUUGGUUCAAAUUGACACCUCGAAUCACCUGUGACACAUGCGAUAGCCCUCACCAAAGCAGUGAGCUAAUCACAUUUCCCAUGAAUACCAUAGCUGUGUAUCAACAAUGGCAGAAACAGUUGUAG